GCAGAGAUAGAUGUACUGGAGAUCGAUGGGCGGCCCAGCAAGGUCCCUGCCGUGGUGCGCUUGGCCGCGUUCCACCAGGGCAUCGGCAAGGUGGAGUGGCGGUCGGGUGCAUCGGGGGAGGGUCUCGCAGUUCUGGUAGAUGACUUGGAUGUUCCAGUCAAAGCUGGUGUAGUUCAUGCGGUUAGAGAAGGCUUUGCAGUGCGCUGCCCUUCCCUGGAGCAGUGCAUUGCAGUGUAUGCUGGUGGACUGCAUGUGGCAGUGUGGCGGGGGACCGGAAACAGCAUGGGAGCCCUGGUGGAUGUCCCACAGCGCUUCUUCCAACGCACGGUGGGGCUGCUCGGCCUCUGGAGCUCCAGUCGCACCGAUGACUUCCUGCUGUCGAGCGGCCGGACGCUGCCCUGGUCCAGGGGCAGCUUGCCAUUGGAGGAGGCCCUACACAGCUUUGGCCUGUCCUGGACUGUGCCAGUUCCAGAGAGUCUUUUGCACUCUGGCCCGCCCUCCAAACUGUUGGAACCAAUCACAACAGCAGAGCUAAUGUCAGUCAAUCCAGUUAUUCUGGAUGACCUGAAGAAAAAAUGUAAAGGUAGCAUGCAGUGCGUCCAUGAUAUCCUGGCCACCGACAACACCAAAAUGGGCCUUCAGAGUCUGGCCAAUGAGGAGAGGUAUCACAACCUGGCCCUUAUUUUUGGAAACAUGCCCCCCAUCGUGACCAAUCCCACGGUGAUCCAGGUCCAGGUCAACUUCACAUUCCGAGUCCAAUUCACCGCCCAGGACCCCAACAAUGACUCAGUCAGCUUCUCCCUGCUCUUCCCUCGCCCCCCGCUGGCCUCGAUCGGAAGUGGAAAUGGGAUUCUCAUGUGGAUGCCACUAAAUGCCCAGCCUGUGACACUCACGAUCAUGGUGACCGACCAGCAGUUCAGCUCCCUGCUCACCCCCGUGAUCCAGCUGUGCAGCUGUUUGAACGGGGGAACCUGCCAGUAUGGCAGUAUUGCAGAGAACCACCUGCAAGGCAAGUUCCAGGUGGUGGGCUGUCUGUGUCCGAAGGGCUUCACCGGGCCUUUCUGUGGGCACGCCGCUGAUGCCUGCAAGGGCCGGCCCUGCUUCCCGGGAGUGACCUGCAAGGCCCAGCGGGAUAACUUCACAUGCGGGGAGUGCCCCCCACACACUGCCCACCAGCGAAUGGGGGGCUACAAGUGCUUUGAGAAUGACGUCUGCCUCCCUCCUUUCCCCUUCCCGUGCCACAGCAUGGCGCACUGCACCAGCACUGGAUACGACUUCACCUGCAAGUGCAAGCCCGGCUUCACUGGGAACGGACACAACUGCACAGAUAUAAAUGAGUGCAUGGAUCCGUCUGCCUGUCCCAAUGCCAAGUUUGAGUGCGUCAACACACUAGGCUCAGUGCAGUGCUCCUGCCGUUACAGGAGCACCGAGGAGUCGGACGGCUGCGGUGACUCUGCUAAUCCCCCAGGGUUUAACAUCUUUAAUGUUUCCAUGCAAUGGAACAAUCCAGGCAACGAGAAGAAUGGCCUACAGAAGCUCCAGCGAAUACUGUCGAUGGGAUUCCAGAACAAGUUCUAUAGCGCAGCUGAGAAGAAGGUGGGCCAUGGAGGCCAGGCACACAGCGAGUACCGCAUCAACGUGUCGAGCGACACGCCGCACUGGUACGUGCGGGAUUACCUGACGCGUGUAAGCCGGCACUACCGCAUCCAGGCGGCACAUGUUGGAGACCUGGACGAGUGCGUCACCAAGGAGGCGGCGUGCCAAGCGCCGGCUCUGUGCGCCAACACCUACGGAGGGUACAGGUGUGUCUGCAAUGGCACCAUGGAUGUGGUGGAAUCCCAGUCCUGCAUAUUAGGUGAGGGGGGGGGGGGGUUCCACGCAGUGCAGUCUUCCCAGGACCGGCCCCGGAUGUCCAAGCACAUCUGUCGCUUCAUGCCUUUGUAUCCAGCUUCAGAUAACGGUGCGGUCAACAGGACCGGCGAAUCAGAGUCCCAGUCUCUGGAGGAUCAGAAGUCUUUGAUCCUGGGCCUGGUGCUGGGCAUCGGCAUUCCACUCCUGCUGCUGCUCCUCCUGGCCGCCCUGGCCUGCUUCUGCUGCUCGCACAAGAAAACCGUCAUAGGAGAAAUUCCCCACAUCGUACCAGAGUACAGCCUGGGCCAGUACAAUCUCCCUCCCUUCAACUACCUGGACCCAGCAUUACACUACAGAAGUCACAGCAGCCCUCGUGUCAUAGACGGCAUCACAGUCAGCGAUUGCUACCGGUAGCGAGAGUUUGGUUACUCGAAACGAGCCUGAACCCAACCAUCCACUGCAUAUGAAUGCUGAGCAGAAUCAAUGCUGUAUUUAUGUCUGCUGAUUGCUGAUUGGACUGACAAGUAUUUGAAACCAUCAUAAAUUGUCAUAAUGACAACUACGUGUCGUGUUACAAUCAGAUUAAAACCGGAAAUUAAACAAAAACAGUCAAAUAUCCGGAGAACUGAUGAUGGGGAUGGAAAAAAAUAUACCAGUAUUGUUGAAAAGAAAAGCUAUAUGGACAGUUUUUUGCUACAAUGUACAGCAAUAAACAUCAUUUACAACCUGAGAGAACAUAUGAAGGAAUUUCAGAAUAUAUAAUAAAAGAUAAGCAACAGGGCCUCCUACUCUCACCUUCAUUUAAGCACUGUUACUCCUCCCAGAUUCAGCUACGGCUGGAAAGUCUAUAGGGCACCAGAUUCAUAAAGUAAAACAUGCGCCACCAUUGUCAGCCUGCAGUACCUGUACACACCACUUGGUGUCAGGAGCAGGCAACCUAUGGCAGGACCAGCCUUACAAAGGCCCACGUGACUCAGUAGCACACCAUUGCUGUUUUUAAGAUCAUUGCUGCAAAGAAGAACCUCACAAGUGUCCCCAAACCAUCCCAGGCUUGAGGUUCAAAGACGGCAUGAAACGCUCAUGUCUCCUUCACUGUUCUUCUCCCCUAUGUUGCUCUCUGUCAGUCUUAAUCAGUUGUGCAUAUGUUUCAAAUAGCAAUUAAGGAAAUAUCGGUGUAAUUGUGAGCUCUGAAUGAGGCUGGCGCUGCGUCAGGGAAGUGGUUGGUCGUCCUUGAUUAAGGCCUCAUUUGUCAGAGAACUCCGCAUUUGCGGCUCUGCGUGUGUCUGGCGAAGAGCGUCUGGCUUUUACCCUGCAGCACCAAGACAUUUAGGCGAUUCACUGC